AGCAUAUAAGCAUUUAAAAUAACUUGACUUAAACAACUAAACGGGAGAGUUUUAUUUCGAAACGUAUUUUAUAGAAGAAUCAGCAUCUGAAUUGAAUAUCUCUACAUUUUACCGUUAGAUAUUAAUGAUCUUUGAAAAUUGCAAACAUUUUGGAUAUAAAGGUAUAUUUUAUUUGGGAUGUAUGUUUCCUCUGUGAUUUUCAAAUUAAUUUAAUAGGCAUAGCAAGCGCAUAAUGUUCUACGCUAUAGAAUAGUUUGUUUUUUUAUGAAGUGCCGACGAAAAGGAAAACAAGUACCAAUGAAAAGUUUCAGUAUUGUAACAUAGACCGGUAACUAUUUCUGCUCUAGUAUUGUCAUGCUUAUUUCUACAUUUAAAUUUGUACUCUAAGAUAAAACUUUCUUUCAGUGAAAAUAAAAAUAAAAAUAAAAAAACAACAAUAAAUUGUCUGACAUUGAACAAGUUCGCAAAUGUUUAAGACAGGGAUAUUGAGCCUAACAACGUGUGUUUUUACAGAAGUGCUUUGUUUGAUAUAGUUUUGCAAAUUGGGUUUGCUUACAGUACGGUUUGCAUAAUUUAUAUGAACAAUCCGAAUGCGUCUAACGUCAAUAUUAGCCUGGGAAAUGAACAUAUACACUAUUGAAAUGUCUUGUUGAUGAUAUAUAUAUAUAUAAUAUAUAUUCAAUAAAGAUAUAGAAACUUUCACUAAUCUAGAAAUUAAUGUCGCAAGAGGAAAAUCUUGUUAUGGAAGUAAAAACCUGUAGCUGAAAAUUUAUAUUGAAAAAUCUGGAAUACAUUUCACUUAGUGUCUAGUGCUGAAGUCAAGGCAUGGCUCUUUCGCCGCGAAAGCUUAAGGGGCCGUUUGGAAGAAGCUCACAUUCGGAAUCGACGGAAAUACUCUGCCGAUCCUACGAUACGGAAGAGAAUGCAAGCCUUGGUGCGAAUAACUUGUUUUCGGGGCCAAGUAGCUGCACGUCACCUGCCCCAGACUCUGAGUUCAGCCAUCAGCUGUCACUAUUGCAGGAAUAUUCAGCUGGCCCAAUUGAUUUUGUGAACAAAACAACAGAUAUUGUUUACCGAUUAGUUGUUACAAAGUGCAUGUUGGUAGUUCUCUCUGUUCUGCCGCUUUCUAUGCUGUUUAUUGGAAGCACUUACAGAAAUGAAUGUCCACAAAAACAUAUGAUGACAAUCUAUCUGUCCGUUGGAGGAUGUUCUGGUUUACUAAAAAUAGCAUUCAUCCUUUUACGUCAUCGGAAAUCCCCGAGUUAUGAAUCGCUCGACGACGGAAGCGACCAAGAUGGCGACGAUUCCGGUGAUGCCGUUUUAUCACGCUCAGUCAGAUUUACAGAUUUUGUGCUCAAUAUUUUUAUCAUAGUGUGGUUUAUCCUAGGCAAUGUAUGGUUCUAUGCAAAACCAGAACCAAACUUUGUACAGACUCUUCAUGAGCCUAACAAGUGGUGUGAUGCCUUUUUAUACCGGUUCUACUUUUACAUGUUAAUAGUCAGUUACAUUUUAUUCUCUGUAAUCCUGUUUUAUGUUACCACUUUGUGCUAUUAUUAUUACAGAACAAGUGUAAUGAGACUUUGUAAGCCGCGUUUGAUUAUUUGAGUUAUAUGCGGUUAUAACUCAUAUUGAGUUGCCAUAAUCAAAUUGUGAUAUAUACUGAUGUUUGAUUUACGUUUAGCUUCAUGCUUUGCUUUUUCGUUCAGUGUCAGUAUUCCACUAGUAAAACUAUUUUGAAAAUGUACUAACUGUGAGAAAAUGGUAAGUUGCUAAAGUUGUUGGCUAUCCAGGAAAGUGCAGAAUAUCUUUUCUCGGUGUUAUGCAAAUUGCACGUGCGAUAAUUGGUACCUGCAAUAUUAAUGUGCAAUCGUUUAUCACAAGGUUUUGAAUAUAAGGGAACAUCUCCUUAAAUAUGUUAUUUCAAACACAAUUAUUUAUUCUUUGUGAAUAAGUAUUCUUUGUGAAUAAGUAUCUCCAUAUGACACGUUGUGUAAAGCAAAAACAUUGCAGUUGUAUUUGCUUUAUGGAUGUUACACAGUUGAAUACAACCGGUACAGACAGAAUACGUUUGGCAUGCUAUCCAGGAAGUCAUAAUCUUUGAUUCUAGAAAUUAUAGAUAACACAAAAUACCAUAUACCACAGCCAGAAUUAUUUAUAACAUAUAUUAUUCAUCUACUUGUGAAGAGUAAAUAAAAUGCGACGUACGUUUAAGUUACGGGCCAAUACCUUAGCUGCAUGAACUUCUUCAACUCUCCCUUUAAAAUGUCGUCAUUAUUAUGCCAUAGACUACAACAACGGCAACUUUUACAUUAAAUGCUUGCGGUUACCUAGAAUAUUGUUUUAUUAUUCUGCCACAAUAUCACAAGUACCUUAUGUGAAUUAAGUAUGUGAUGGUACAUGAGUCACAUGUAAAUAAAAUAUAAAUUUAGCGGAAACGUUUAAUUGCAAUAUUUACGAAACGUAAUUUGUCAUGUUUAAGACAACUUCAAACGCCUGAAGGUAUCUUUGAAUUAUAACAAAAUAGUCAUAGCAAUGAACUAAAGUUUUAGAAGACAAAUACAAUGUUAAAGUAAGCUUGUACCUGGUACUCUGUCAUCUAUUGAUAAUUUCAACAUUAGGUAAUACGUAUAAAAUGAAUGUGUUUAUACGAAACCUUAGAAAUUCUAUUUGUAGUGUUUGCUUGUAUGUUAUGAUUAGAUUUAUAUAGAGUUUAUGAAAGACAACCAUGGAUCCAUGCCUAUUUUAUCCGAAGUUUGAGCUGAAAUGCAAUACUUACAGCGGUACACGGUAAUGUGCUGUAUGAAACGUAAGCAAGUGUGGAAUGUUUAUAAGGUCAAAGACACCGUUAUCUUAAACAAAAUAAUAAUGCACCAUAAUCACAUGGUAUUGCCAUGACUGUUUUAUUUUAAAUUUCCGAAAAAUAGAACAAACAUUGUGUUUGAGAAAACAACGAGCUUCGAGAGAUAUUUCUACGAAAUGUGCAUACAUGAUUAUUAAUCAGAUUGAUAUUUUCCAAAGAGGUAAAGCAGUAACUUUCAAAGUAUAGCCCUGUUACACGAUGAUAGAAAGUUGUAUAAUGUUGUAUAUUUUUGUAGUUUAUAUUACUAUUUGUUUAAUAAAAUAUAUUAUAUGAAUUAUAUAUUUGAAUAUAACGUCUGAAAGAAGUCACUUAAACUAUGUGCUCUUCAUCGCUGAAUACUAUUUUAAUGAUGUUUGUACAAUAUUUCAUUUGUUAUUUCAAACAAUUAAGCAACACGUGAUCGUUAAUAUGGCAAGAACGUUUGCAAUAUAUGCACAUGAAUACAAUCAUGAAAACUGACCUGUAUGUCAGAAGAGUAGACAUUAAACAUUUUACAUCAGGCAAAAGAUAAAAGGUAAGGGUAGAUUUCCAGGAAACACAGAGUACCACAAACACAGCCACAGAGCCACACAUUUGCAAAGUAGGCCUACAAUAAAAAGAAGCUGUAACGGUAAAAUAUUAUAGCACAAUAAAGAAAAAGGGAGAGGAAGGGGUAGGAGGUAGAAGGGGUGGGUGUGUUGAAGGGGAAAGUGGAAUAAGGAUGAAUACUCAAAAGGGAAUGUUACGUUCCUUAAUCACAGUUACUCUACAACGUAAACCACACCCGCGCAGACACUCACGUACAAAAGACAAACACACACACAUACAUAACUAACUUAAAUAAACAAACAGACAAGCAACAACACUGUAAGGCACUGCCCAUGAUACACAGACGCACAAGCAAGCACACACACGCACACACAUAAGUCGAAAAAAACCCAAAAACUUAUCAUUCAUAGGACGAAGAUGUAUUGUAAUUGUUUGUUGUUGUAUCUUUCCAUUUAUCAUGAUAGGUGACGAAUGAAUUUAACAAAGAAUAUUACAACUACAUUUCGUACUGUACAAUUAUUUUAAAGGUGCAUAAAUUGCAUUUUAGCAUUAUUUACAAACUUUUUAAAAACCAUUUAAUGUGCCUUCAAAGUUGUUUAUGUCAGUGCGAUGUAAUACACUAAUUUCAC